AUGUUUACAUUGUGCGACUCAAAAAUAAGUGGCUCGCCCGAGGCAUUGUCUGACCUUCCUGCUGACCAAGCACUUCCCCAGCUUCGGAGCUGUAUACGACAAAUGGAGUUCGUUGAUCCGACCGCGGUUUCAAACCAAUGCGUACUGAAAGUUUCGAGUGCACAAGAGUGUAAUGCGAAUCAUCCCCCAUCGAUUCAGAUUAUCAAAGUCAAAGGCAAACAGUCCCGCCAGCGAUAUGGCGCGAGUGCAACAGAAUUUCAACUCGGCGGGUGUGGGCCUCUUUUUCAGUCUGUUUGCGGGGAGCCAAAGCCUGGCGCUACCCCACGUGGCAGUGCCCGACAUUCGUCACGUGGAUUGGGCGAAACUGCGAUCAGCCGGUUUCCGGGGCCUAGUUUUCGACAAGGACAACACACUCUCGAGGCCUUUCGCGCUCGAAGUUGAGCCCUCACUCCGAGGCGCCCUCGACCGCUGCUUGACCGCAUUUGAGGGUCGCGCAGUGUUGUACAGCAACAGCGCCGGGCUAAAACAGUACGAUCCCGACGGAGCGGAAGCUCAGCAGCUGGAGGCCGCGUUGGGCAUUCCCGUGCUUCGUCACACGGAGAAAAAGCCUGGUGGCGGCUGCGCCGAGCUUGAGAGCCACUUUGGCUGCCCCGCGGCUGACCUCAUCAUGGUGGGGGACAGGUACCUGACCGAUGUGGCUUUCGGCAACCGCCACGGCAUGUUGACGAUACAUGUACAGCCGCUAACGUCCCGAGGCGAGCCACUCGGGGUCCUGAUGGCCCGUCGAGUGGAGGAGUUUUGGGUUGCUCGCUGGACCGCUGCCGGCGUCCACCCCCCCGCGCACACGCGGGCGCCGUACAAGUCGCUUCAAGGGUUCAUCACGGAGCCGUCACCGCCACCGCCGUCGCCGCCGCCGCUGCGGCCGGAGUCAGGCCCGCCGCCGCCGUCAGCGGCGGCAGUCACCGGGUCAUCGGCGGCGGUGGCCGCGGCGGCGGCUGUCUUACCACAGGCCACGCCGGCGGCUCAAAAGUAG